AUGGUGGCAUUAGAGUUGAAAAAAGUUAUUCAAGGAAUAGCUGAUUUCACUGGGAUUUGGCCUCCAGUUUCACAUUUGUUUACCAUUGAAAAUUGUGUUGAAAGUGUUCCAAUAGUACUAUAUAACUUUUUAUGUCUUUUUCUUGGUUUUUCUGAUGAACCCUAUCUUUAUAAUCAACGUCAUUCUAUUACAACACCACUUAUGCUUAAAGUUAUUUCUAUUGCACAAGAGCUUAUUUAUGUUGCAUUAAAAGGGCGAACCAAUACUUACAAACAUCUUGCACUCGGUAUGACAGUCAGACAACUUACUGGAUCCAGCAAGCUUAUUGACAUUUUAAAUGGAUUUGGUCACUGUGUAUCAAGUUCAACUGUCAUUCGUCACGAAUCUGCGUUAGCAGCAUUAAAUGUGAUGGUUAAUACCAUUGUUCCAUGUAAUGUAGCAAAAAAAAAGUUCACAACUCUAGUAUAUGAUAAUGCUGAUUUUCUUGAAGAAACUCUCUCUGGAUCUGGAACAACUCAUGUUACUCAUGGAAUUUGCAUUCAGGAAAAAUACAAUUGCAAUUUUAGCAACUCUAUCCAAGUUGGCAGAAUAUUAAAAACUGUUCCAUUGCCAAAACAAGUGGUUCAACCAUAUCAUUUAGGAAAAAAACCAUCAUUUAGUGUUCCAUAUGAUAGCCAAAAUUAUUUAACUCAAAAUAAUAUAUUUGAUUUGACACCUUCCACAAAUGUCAAAGAACAAUUGAAUUUUAUUAACUAUGAUCUGGCCUACUGUUUUAUCAAGUUGCCAACUAUAAGCUCAGAAAUUCUACCUUCACGGACAGGUUUAAACACUAUAAUGUCUGAUAAAAAUAUGCUAACUACUAUUGCUUACUUACCAGUUAUUGAUACACCUGUAACUGAAAUAUCAACUAUCAAUGAAAUUUUGAAGCAAGCACUCACAAUUGCUAACACGCUUGAACUAGCACAUAUUGUGUUGGUUUUUGAUGAAGCUGUCUACUCAAAAAUACAGUUAGUUAGGUGGAAGACUGAAGAAUACUUAAGCCGUAUCGUAGUACGUCUUGGUGAUUUCCAUAUGUUAAUGUCAUAUUGUAGUGGAAUCUCAAAAAUUUAUGCUGAUGCAGGAAUGCAGGAUAUAUUUAUUGAAUCUGGGUUUGUGGCAUCUGGUUCCAUUAACGGAGUCCUAUCAGGGAAACAUUACAAUCUAUCUGUGCGUUGUCAUAAAACAUUGUAUGAAGCACUUUAACGCCUCUGCUUUCAAUCAUUUUUGGAUUCCUUGGUGAACGAGGAAAAUUGUGAUAUCAUUGAAUUUUUGUCUGCUAUGAGAGAAUGUAUUGUUAAAGAAAAUGAUGACUUUUAUUAUCACAAUUAUAAGGAUUAUAUUGAGAGCCAGAAGUUUGAGAAUCUGUGUCAACGGUACAAAGAUUUUGUUGAUGUACAGUGCCAAGAAAAUGCCACAUUCAACUUUUGAUAUAAUUACAUAGAUAUGAUACAAAUUUUGCUUUUACAUAUACAAGCUACGCGCACUAGAGAUUGGGCGUUACAUUUAUCAGCUGUUAGAUCGAUGCUCCCAUGGUUUUUCAUUACAGAUAGAGUUAAUUAUGCGCGAUAUGCUACUUCUUACUGGGUGGAAAUGAAGAGAUUAGCAAUAACUCAUCCAGCUGUUAAUGAUGAAAUUCACAAUAACUGGACUUCUCAACGACAGGAACAAUAUGGAUUUUCUAGAAUUGCAUGUGACCAGACAAUUGAGCAAACUUUUAAUAGGGAUUCGAAAACACAAGGAGGCAUUGUUGGGUUUACUCGAAAUUGAUCAGCUGUUCAUCGUUGGAUCAUGGCUCAACAUCAACGCUGUGCUAUAUUUAAACAAUGUGAAAUCAUUUGGGGUAGUAUAUCUCAUACACGGCAGAGGAAAGACCUUGGCGUUAGUCGGAUCAAAAAGGACGAAAAUGCUAUUCUUGAUGUUCUAUCAACAAAUAAAACCAUGACAAACCCAUUUGAUUUCGAAACUAGUGUCCUUCUUCAUUUAUCUACAGGAGCAGUUGCAACUGUUCCACUGACUACAGAUAUGAGAAACAUGUUGUGUACAGGCGAAGCGAAAGUUGUAUAAUUUAUUAACACCAGAAUACUAUCAAGUGAACAGGAUUUACACUCAUCCAUUCCUAAAUCAAAAAUUGUAAAAUUUUCCAGUAUGUUAAAAAAGUAUUCAGCUAAAACCUCAAAUGGAGACUUAGUUACAGUAAAAAACACAAAAGAUUUGUUUGGAAAACUAAUUCUACUUGUUUAAUCCAGAAAUGUUGAGAUGAGAGAAAAUUUAAAGUAUCUUCUUUGUCCAUAUCCAAUGCCUUUUGCUACAACAACUGGUGGCUUAGUAAAAACACAAAAGAGCAAAUUAAUCAGUUUAAUUGAAACUCCAGUUGUUGAUGCUAUAGUAGAUAAUGUUGAAAAAGG